GUCAUGCUGUGUGAUGGGGUAGCGAGGGUGUUAGUGAAAGAGAAGUGAUAUUAUAUAGCAUGGAUAUAGUCUGUUCGUCUUAGAGAGAUCUGCUAAGCCUUAUACAACGUUGUAACGCGGUUUCACCUUCGAGAAUGCAGCGGUGCAUCACGAGAAAUGAACAGGAUUCGAAUACACGUUUUGCCCACAAGCCGGGGACGAUUGACUCCAGUCCCCAAAACCCAUGAAGCAUUAUCCUGCUCUUUUACACACCGACCAUGCUCCCAGCCUCGCAUUGAGGGUUACGACUUCUGCAUCAAACAUAUCCUGGAAGAUAGAAAUGCUCCUUACAAGCAGUGCAGUUAUAUAUCUACCAAUAAUGGUCGUCGAUGUUCCAAUGCAGCCCCUAAACCUGAUAAAAAGGAUGGGGUUGCAUUUUGUGCAGAGCAUGCACGCCGGAAUGCAUUAGCCCUCCAAGCUCAAAUAAAAAAAUCGAACCCAGGGCCAACCAGUGAGUCUCUGUUGUAUCAGCUGAGUACGUAUGCCCGGAGUGAGCUGGGAUCUCAAAUACAGGAAAACAGCAGGAGCGAAGCCUGCAGAAUUCUUGAUGAAGACAGCUUGAGUGAAAGUGACCAAGACACCGUAACAGUUGAUCAGACAUGGAGGGGAGAUCUUGACAGUGAGGCUGACAGUCUGGACAGUGACCAGGAGGAUCCGUUAAAACAUGCUGGAGUAUACACAGCUGAAGAGGUAACGUUGAUCAUGCGGGAAAAGCUAAUUCGCCUGCAGUCCCUGUAUAUUGAUCAGUUCAAGAGAUUGCAGCACUUACUGAAGGAGAAAAAAAGAAACUACUUGCACACACUUAAAACAGAACAUGAAACUGUUGGGAGCAGUCUCCUCACUGGUCCAGAGGGACUUACAUUUAAGGAGCGGGAGUGUCUUAAAAGGUUAAAAGCUUUGCGCCGAUACCGAAAACGUUAUGGGGUAGAGGCUCUUCUACAUCGCCAGUUAAAAGAGAGGCGCAUGUUGGCUUCCGAAGGUGCAUCUCAGCAGGCUCACACAACCCGCUCCAGUCAGAGAUGCAUGGCAUUCAUUGAUGAUGUGCGCUGCUCUAACCCGUGUCUCCCCAUGACAAGGCACUGCGUUUCUCAUAUAUGUCAGGACAGCAGUCAGGUUCUGUUCAAGCUGUGCUCAGGAUCAGAAGAUGUACCCUGUAAUAAGCCAGUUCCUUUAAGCCUUUCUGAAGACCCCUGCUGUCUGUUGCAUUACCGCUUACCCUCCCCUAUGUACAAGGCAGAACCAGUACUGCCCGAGCCAGAGCAGAUGGAUGUGACUCCUGUAGAACUCUACCUUAGCACUGCGGAGCUGCAGCCCACUGAAAAUUUACCCUUAGAAUUCAGUGAUGACCUUGAUGUUGUAGGGGACGGGAUGCAGUUCCCACCAUCUCCUCUGCUUUUUGACCCUUCUGCUGACAUUUUAAGGUCACUAGAUGUACAGGAGUCUGAUGAGGAACACACUACCACGACAAGCCACUCUCUUCUAACCGCAGAGUCUUUAAUGGGGUCUGCAGGACAGGGUCAGGUUCAGACCACAGCGGCUUCUUGCACAGAAAAUGUGUUGUCUACACCCAAUGGAAAUGCAGAUGCCUCGCUGAUCUAAAUUUUACAACAGUUUUAAUCUUUUUUUUUUUAUUUGAUUACGUUUGUUACCGUUGUGAAAGGAAAGACUGCCAGGCUGCCUCUACAUUGCCUUAUUCCUUCUGAAGCUUUGUUUGCUCUAAUAUUGCUUCCGAAACAUGUGCUGUGCAUGUAUUUAACAUGGAACGUUACUGUUACUUGGUCAUAAAAAGGAUAACAAACAACAAGAAUCUGCUCUUGUGUGUAAAUAAAUAUAAUGUGUGUAUAAGCUUA